AAGCAUGAAGACACAUUGAAACGUCUUUGGAGAAUUUUAGCUACCGUUUGCAGCACAACGCAAUGGAUGGUGCGCAACAGGCUCAUCUUUGAAGGAGAACCAACAUCGGUAGAACAAAGUUGCGUCGAGUUCCGGGUGACGGGAGUUCGUCAGUUGAAGGCAAUAGCAAGGAGGGACACGAUGAGUCCACAAACAGUUGAACAAGGCAAGUUGAUGGAGGACUGUAUC